AUGUACUCCGUGCUUCGCCCUGUCCAACAGCCUCGGGGUCUCACUCUUCCUCACGACCGAUGGCUCACAAGUGUCAACCAGCUCAUGGCUACGAGGGUGCUUUCUCAUUUCCUGGAAACCUUCCUACGCAUACGGUUGACAGCUUUCAAUCGACCAUCCCAAGCAUCCCCAAAGCAACGGACGAUCAAGCCAGCACAGCGCCAAUGCCAUGCCAGACGUGCCAGGCACCGACCGGGCAGCAGCACAGAGGCACAGCCUACCAACCAGUCGCAGCUUGGGAGCACCGGCUCCCUGGUCACGAGCAAGUCGAGAAGAUGUACCGCGCUAUCAGCAUUCCUCAGACAUUCUUCACCCACUUCUACUAAUCCACAACCAAGCUCCCCCUCCCAACCCACCAGAGCACACCCACCCAGUCCGCAUAUCCCGCAUAACGCUGCAUGCGAUAACGCGUAA